CCCACCAUUUUUUUGUUUGUCUCCACAAACCGAGAUAUAUGACUAAAUCGGAGUCCUUGCCGUCACCCUCCCCCUCGGCGGAUCCCUAAUCAUGACCGUCCUCCAACAAACCGAAAUCCACAAGUACCGAAUCCCAGCUUACAAAACCAUCAUCUCCAUCCAAAACCUCUUCCCCUUCCCCGUCAUUGCUUCCAUGCUCGUCGACCUCAAGAUCAUGAACACCGAGCUAGGCCGACUCGCCCUAGCCUCGGCCCUAAUCAGUGACAUGGUCAGCAACCUCUCCUCCACUCUCAUCACCUAUGGCCGGGUCGGGAUCAUGAGCUUUGCGGAUGUCAUCAUGAUCCACUCCACCUUCAUGACAAUGUGCUUGAUCCUCUUCAUCUUGUGCGUUGGGCGCCCGCUGAGUCUCUGGAUCAUCCAGAACACGCCUGAGGGGAAGCCGGUUAGUCGCUUUCAUGUGGUCAUCAUGGCUUUCUUGGUGUUUGUGGUGGUGUUGCUUACUGAUAACGUCGGGUUGAACUAUCAGUACGGCCCCUUUUUGCUAGGGUUGGCUGUGCCCGAUGGGCCGCCUCUAGGGGCGACCCUGGUGGACAGGCUUGAAACCCUAGUGUCGGGAUUGUUGGCGCCGUUGUUGGUUACUUUUUAUGGGAUGAAUGUGAAUUUGGUUGAGCUUUUUGAUCUGGAGUUUGUUGGGAUGGUUUGGGUGAUAGUGGGGUUGUGUUUGGGGAUGAAGCUGGUGUCUGUGUUCGUGCCAGCAGUGGUUUGUAAAGUGCUGAUGAAAGAUGCGGUGGUGCUGUCCUUCAUCAUGAGUGCUGAAGGAGUUGUGCAGAUGGCUUUUUACUACUACAAUUAUGUUAAUCAGACGUAUGAUCGAGAGACAUUCUCGAUGCUUACCACAUCAGUACUAAUACAAGUGGCGGCAUCAAGUGUAAUCGUGAAAUCAUUAUACGACUACUCAAGAAUGUACACCGGCUACCAGGAAAGAGACAUCCAACACACCUCCAUCAACUCAGAGCUCCGCAUGCUCGUCUACCACCGCGUCGAUGACGCCGUGGCCGUCCAGAAAGUUCUCGAAGCUUCCUACCCCAGCAAGGAAAGCCCCAUGGCGGUAUACGCCCUCCAUCUUUUGGAGCUCGCGGGCCGGGCCAACCCCCAGCUGACCGACCACCAGCUCGGCCAGAAAUCCACCGGCGAAGGCCGCGCCCAGAAAAUGAUCGACAUCCUCACCUCCUUCGAGCAGCAGUACGCCGGCGCCCUCACCAUCCAGCAGUUCACCGCCAUGUCCCUCACAAAGUUCAUUCACCACAACAUCUGCACGUUGGCGUUCAACAAGCUCGCGUCCAUGAUCAUCCUCCCGUUCCACCGGAAGUGGAACCAGCAAGGGAAGGUAAUACAAGACUCAGGCACUUUGAGGUCAAUCAACUGCGAGGUCUUCGAGCUGGCCCCAUGCUCGGUGGCGGUCCUCAUCGACCGCCACAAGGUGCGGAGAAGGGCUGCGGCGGGGGGAUACACUGUGGGGGUGGCGUUCUUCGGUGGGGCGGACGACCGGGAGGCGCUGGCGUACGCAAGGCGUAUGGCGCGGUCGCCGGACGUGAGCCUGACGGUGGUGAGGCUGGUGCCGUGGGACAUAUACGCGGGGGACAACCAGUGGGAUGCGGUGCUGGAUGUGGAGAUAUUGAAGGAUACGAGGAUGCAGACGCAGGAUGAUAUAGUGUACAGGGAGGAGAGGGUGAAGGAUGGGGCGGAGACGGCGCUGCUGAUACAUGCCAUGGAGGAGGCGUUUGAUUUGAUCUUGGUGGGGCGGAUGCAUAAGGAGGAUACGCCGCAGUUGAUAGGGUUGAGUGAGUGGGAUGACUUGCCGGAGCUUGGUCCCGUCGGCGAUAUGCUCGCUGCGCCGGAUCUCACCCUUCCUCUCUCGAUUUUGGUGGUGCAACACCAGAAUAUUAAGUCUAUUUAG